CUCAUUUUUAGGUUAUUUUCCAAUAGGAAAACUUAAUUUAAUAAUGUCGGAUGGCACAUUUUUAAUAUCGUUCACCGGCCAAAUCGAAUUUGCCGAACUUAUGAGCACUGCCGGAUCAUCUUAUCAUUGCAAAUAUGAAUUUUAUUCAGGGCCGGAUUGGAAAAUAAUCGGCGGACUCGAACAUGGUAUUUCACAAAUCGCGAAUGCCGUAAAUAAUAAUGAUAAGGUGGUGUUCAAUUUUCCUGUUGACGUUCAGUUUAAAAGCACGAACCCAUUCGGAUGGCCCCAGUUAGUGAUAAGCAUCUACAAAGAAAUGACGUUAGAAGGUUACGGUAGGACCCAUUUGCCUUUAAAGCCGGGACGUCAUAAUUUACAGGUGAACCUGGCCAAACCAAAGGCUUCCUCUUUGUUAGGAUAUUUGGGAAGUUUUUUCGGAUAUCAACCUGAGCUGCUGCAGCCGAAAGUACUGGCCAGUACCGCUGGAAAUAACUUGAUCAGAAUGGAGUCUUCGGGACAGCUUCACAUGAUAUUUAACGUAGUAACACAAAACUUUUUAAAACUAGGAUACGAUUUCGGAAAAAUCAGCCGAGACUAGUUUUUUACUAAACGAUUCUAUUAACAGCAUCAUGUGGACCAACGCACAGCGCGCAUUCGCCGUGGAAGUGUACCUCCGCGAAAAUCGGUCAGUUAUUGCUGCGCAACGAGCGUUCCGGAUAAGCUUCCAAAUUCCGCAAAAUGAAGGAGUCCCGGACCGAAAAUCAAUUGUGUUGUGGGUCAAGAUCUGUUAUCAAAAAAGGAGGUGGACGGCCACUGACAGCUCGGACACCCGAAAACAUGGAGACUGUGAGACGCUCAUUUUUACGGUCACCUAGACGUUCUGCACGGAGACACGCAGCUGCCCUUCGUUUAUCUGACCGCACUGUGCGAAGAAUUCUUCACAAGGAUCUUCGUUUUCAUCCAUACAAGAGGGUUCUGGCACAGGAAUUAUCAGAACGUGAUUAGAACAAUCGACGUGCUGCAUGUGAAAUUAUGCUUCAAAAUUUACCUCAGGGCGCAGUUUUUUUUAGUGACGAGGCAUAUUUUUACUUGUCUGGCUGUACUGGGCCGCUGAUAAUCCGAGAGAGAUACACGAGAAGCCUCUACAUAGUGAGGAAGUGACAGUUUGGUGCGCCGUGUCUGAAAUGGGGAUAAUCGGCCCUUACUUCUUUGAAGAAGAAAAUCACGCUGUUAGUGUGAAUUCGGAACGCUUCAUCGGCCCAGCCUUUGCAGGACUCAAUGUGCAAGAUGCCUGGUCUCAGCAAGAUGGGGCAACAGCUCACACAUCUCGAGCUUCAAUGCAAGUAUUGAGAGAAAUGUUCCCCGGACGUUUGCUGAGAGGCGAUAUUUCUUGGCCUGCACGCUCGCCCGACCUAACGCCCUGCAACUUCUUUCUGUGGGGUUACCUAAAAGCUGAAGUCUUCAAACAUCGUCCAACGACUAUUAGACAACUAAAGGAUGCAAUCCGCCUGGAAAUUCGCAGAAUACCCCAAGAAAUGCGAAACUUCAGAAGUCGCUUGCACCAGUGCUUCGAUAAUGGUGGACGGCACUUGCCAGAUAUUCUCUUCAAAACCACA